AGGUGGUGGCGGCGGCGGCGCGGGCGCCUGAGGAGGAGGAGGAGGAGAAGCGGCAUGGUCCGUGGGGCACAAUGGGGCCGGACAGAGUAACUGCCCGAGAGCUGUGUGAGAACGACGACCUGGCCACCAGCCUCGUCCUUGACCCCUACCUCGGCUUCCGCACCCACAAGAUGAAUGUCAGCCCCGUGCCCCCCCUGCGGCGACGGCACCACCUGCGCUCAGCGCUGGAGGCUUUCCUGAGGCAGCGGGACCUGGAGGCUGCGUACCGGGCCCUGACGCUGGGAGGCUGGAUGGCCCACUACUUCCAGAGCCGGGGCCCGCGGCAGGAGGCUGCCCUCAAGACCCACAUCUAUCGCUACCUCCGCGCCUUCCUGCCUGAAAGCGGCUUCACCAUCCUGCCCUGCACCCGUUACUCCAUGGAGACCAAUGGAGCCAAGAUUGUGUCGACACGUGCUUGGAAGAAGAACGAGAAGCUGGAGCUGCUGGUGGGCUGCAUUGCAGAGCUGCGCGAGGCUGAUGAGGGGCUGCUAAGGGCUGGUGAGAAUGAUUUCAGCAUCAUGUACUCAACUCGCAAGCGCAGUGCCCAGCUGUGGCUUGGCCCUGCUGCCUUCAUCAACCAUGACUGCAAACCCAACUGUAAGUUUGUGCCUGCAGAUGGGAACGCAGCCUGUGUGAAGGUGCUGCGGGACAUCGAGCCAGGUGAUGAGGUGACGUGCUUCUAUGGCGACGGCUUCUUCGGGGAGAAGAAUGAGCACUGCGAGUGCUAUACCUGCGAGAGGAAAGGUGAGGGGGCCUUCCGGCUGCGGCCCAAGGAGCCCAGGCUGCCCGCGCCGCGGGCUCCAGACAAGUAUGAGCUCCGUGAGACUAGGCGGCGGCUGCAGCAAGGCCAGGAUGUCGGCGGCUGGCAGGGCCUGCGGGGUCUGCGUGCCUGUGCCCACCGAUCCCCACUGCGCCGUGACCUCUUUUGUGCUGUCUGCCAGCCCCUCCCCACCCGCCCUGACGCUGUCACACCCAUCUGGCUCCAGUGGCUGCUGCAGCCCCUGUCCCGGGUGCGCCCCCGUAGACGUCGCCGGCCCCGGCCUCGCCGGCCCCCCGUACCCUCCAUGCUCCGUACAGCCAGCAUCGCCCUACACCCGUGGGGAGGCUGCGGCCCCUUCUGCCGCCUGCGGGCCGAGGCGCGGGUGGCCCUGGACCGCCUUCCCCGUGCCCGCUGGGCCCCACAGCAGGACUGGCACUGGGCCCGGCGCUACGGGCUGCCUCACGUGGUGCGCGUGGACCUCAGCCGCUUGGCCCCGGCUCCCCCAGCUGCCCCCACUGGGCCCCCAGGUCCUGGCCCCAUCCCCAAGCAGGCCCUCGCCUUCACAGCCUUCUCCCCGCCCAAGCGCCUGCGGCUGGUGGUCAGCCACGGCUCCAUCGACCUGGACGUCAACAGCGACGAGCCCUGA